GUUGCUGCCUGCUUGAACUACCAGGUGACCAGCUCGGGAGUUGUUUUUCACAAGUUCCCUUGCGACAUUGCGCGUCUCAAUGUCUGGACAGACAUCGUGUGCCGUUGGAACUCCGGGAAGCCGUGGUCGCCGAAUAGCAGGACAAUCAUCUGUUCUGACCACUUCUUGCGAGAAUGCUACCAGCGGGAUCUGCGCUUGUUAUGCGACGCUGGUUUUUCAAGCAAGUACGCGCGUUUGAAGCCAGACGCCGUGCCGUCGAUCCUUGAUCCUGGAUCCUCGCCUUCCGAAACAGCCGACGGACUGACGCCAGACGCCGUUUCGCCUUACCUCGUUCCUCGAUCUUCGCCUCCCCAAAGAGCAGACGGAUCAUGCGUGAACCCUCGCCGGACCGGGGGCGGUGACCACUGUAGCAGUAGCACAGUGUCGAGGGACAAUGGUUUGCCAAUGGUCAAUACAUGGGAUGACGCCUCAGAAGCACCGACGUAUGAAUCGUCGCCCGAUGCACCAGUGGCUCGAGAAGAACCUGUUGGCCAGAACCAAGACAAUGCCGUAUGCCUUAGCCAAAGCGGGGACCAGGCUUCCACUCGUGGGCCAGGGUGCAACCGCAGCACCGCCGCUUCAUGCGACACCGUGUCAGCAACUACUGGAAUUGAUGGCCAUUCUGGACCGCACUUGGAGCCACCCAUCUGCCACAUCUGUAUGUGGGUGGUAACAAGAGGUACACCGACACUGUACGCGGACAAAGCUGUGCAAGCCUUCGAGAAGCUUUGUCAGACCUCGACUGAAAAUCCGGCACUGCCAAUAUUUUUGGCGCCUUCGGAGACCAGUAACACGGACUUCAUGGACUUUGACGAGGAUAUGUGUCCUGAGCCAAAUCUGUUGGACGAGUGCUAUAGGCCAGACAACUCUUUCAACUUCGAUGAUGAACCGGACUCUUCAGACACCAGCAUCUGCUCCAAGGACUCUGUGGACUCGGACGGUGGAACAGAUGUCGAGUAUGUGUCCACAAUAACUCUUAAGAAACCAGAACUUAAUUUUAUGAGUAGGAUUAAGCUGGGUCUACCAAUUUAG